CUCAGAACAUGGGAACAAAACAGCCUCACAUACAUGCAGUGCAGAGGGCCAGCUACAUGGUGAGAGCAGCGCUCCUCACUGUCCUGCUGUGUGGAGCUCAACAUGUGGCCUCCGAGUCAGAUGAGGAGGUGCUGUCCGAGUGGCAGAUCUGGAAGAUCCAACAUGGCAUAUCCCACGAUGAAACGGAUGACAUAGAGCGAAGGGCCAUCUGGGAGAAUAACAUGAGGGUGAUUGAUGAGAACAAUCAAGGAUUUUUCAUGGGGACACGGCUGUUCACUAUGGCCAUGAAUAAAUAUGGUGACCUGACAAGACAGGAAUACCAGGUGCUGCAAGGUGCCAUGAUGAAUGCCCAGUUUGUGAGGAGGGGAAAAAACGCCUCCGCUCGAAAGCUGCGUCACAAUGCUGAGAAGUUGGGGGCUCAUUUAGUUGACUACAGGGCCAUGGGCUAUGUCACUGAGGUUAAAGAUCAGGGGUAUUGUGGCUCCUGCUGGGCCUUCAGCACUACAGGAGCUAUUGAGGGACAAAUCUACAAGAGGACAGGCCGGCUGACAUCACUGAGUGAACAAAACCUGGUGGAUUGCUCCAGACCUUAUGGUACAUAUGGCUGCAAUGGUGCCUGGAUGGCUAAUGCGUACGACUAUGUGAUCAACAAUGGACUGCAGUCUACAAGCACCUAUCCAUACACCUCAGUGGACACCCAGCCCUGCUUCUAUGACAGCAGACUCUCAGUCGCCCAUAUCUCAGACUACAGGUUCAUACCCAAGGGAGAUGAGCAGGCUCUGGCUGAUGCUGUGGCAACCAUCGGUCCAAUCACAGUAGCUAUUGAUGCAGACCAUCCAAGCUUCCUGUUCUACAGCUCAGGAAUAUAUGAGGAGCCUAAUUGUAACCCCAACAAUCUAAGUCAUGCCGUCCUCCUGGUUGGCUAUGGCUCUGAGGAAGGCCAGGACUACUGGAUCAUCAAGAACAGUUGGGGUACCAGCUGGGGUGAGGGUGGCUACAUGCGACUGAUCCGGGAUGGCAGCAACACCUGUGGCAUUGCGAGCUACGCCUUGUACCCGAUUCUAUGAGUCUGAUUAGAUGCUUAAGUGUGAAGUACCGUAUUAUUUGGGGUUCUUUGAAUGGAUUUUCAAUGGAGCAUCAGAAAAGAAUGCCAUUUGUUUCUCAUCUAAGUCAUGCCAAAUGAUUUCAAAAGUACUUCUACUGUCCAUUCUGUAUUUCCUUGUGUUUGUCUGUACUUCUGCACAGGACUUUUGAGAAGACACUGUAGUUUUGUCAAAGAAUCCCAUCGGUCUUUUGCAGUCAACACAUGGCUGUUCUCAGGGAUGUAGUCCAUACACCAACAUUUGUGGGGUGGUAUUUCUUGUCUCCUUUGGCAGAGAUUAAAUUAGUCUUCCAAUAAAACUCAGCAAAGAAAAGGUCCAAAGACAUAAUCAAAUAUGGAAAACCAUCACAAUAAUAAGUAUGAAAUACAGUGAUAAUCAUAAUAAUAUGCCAAAUGGAGUGACUCAGGAUUCCCUGUUUGACCCUUCUAAACAAUUCACUCACUGUCUAUAGUGAGCAAUGUUGGUCACAUUUUUAUUUUAUUUCACACAUUGUGUCUUGAGGCUGCAAAAUUUUGGUAUAUUUUCUUAUAGUAAUACUUGCAAAAGUAUCAAACACUUAACAGUGGCUGAUGGGCCUGGUGGUCUCUGAAUUCAGAGCCACAAUCAGAUCCAUACCAAGACAGACCAAACAUGAUGGUGCUUUGUAAUGCCAAUGAAAAUAUGUUUCAUGUGUUUCUUGUGGGACAAGUGU